AUGGAUAUAGCGAGGAUGCAAGCUUUUGCACAGAAACUGGAGGAUCAGAGACAAAGAAGGAGGGCACAAGAGAUAGAAAGGGGGCAAGCCAAGAGGGCCAGAUCUACAGGACAGCCACCCAGGCCAUCAUCCUCUUACUCUACAGCUAGUACUCCACCACAACUUCAAGGGUCUAGAAAUGAUCAAUUUGGGCAGAGAAGUGAGGGCCAAGGUACACGGACAACAAGAUAUUCGGGAAGCCAGCAAAUGCCUCCUAGGCAGCCUUGCAGACAAUGUGGGAGAUAUCAUAUAGGUGCGUGUCGCAUGGGAACAGAUGUUUGUUAUUGGUGUGGUAUGCCAGGGCAUGUAAUAAAAGAUUGCCCAAGAAGAUGCAGGGGUGAUAUGGCACAACCUACUGGAUCAGCUGUUGCAUCAUCAUCAUCAGUGCCUCCAUCAGGUAGAGGUGAGCAAUUUCCUAUAGGUCGCGGCAGAGGUAUUAGAGGGACAGCUAGUUCCAGCGUGGCCCAAAAUCGCACAUAUGCUCUAGGGACUCGACAGAACCUGGAAGCUUCACCCGAUGUGGUUAUAGGUACAUUGUCCAUCUUCUCACAUAAAGCGUAUGCAUUAAUUGACCCUGGUUCUACAUUGUCAUAUAUUACUCCAUUAGUUGCUGGGAAGCUUGGUAGAACACCUAAAUUAUUGAAUCAACCACUUGCGGUGUCUACACCAACUGGGGAGUCGAUUAUAGCUAGAAGAGUCUAUUGUGACUGCAUAGUGACUAUCUGCGACCGAGAUACAUUAGCUGAUCUUAUCGAGUUAGAAAUGGGAUAUAUAUGUCAUCUCGUUAGAGUAAGAGAUGUGGAGGCAGAAUCACCAACUAUCCAGUCUGUUCCAAUAGUGAAUGAAUUUAUUGAUGUCUUUCCUGAGGAACUCCCUGGUUUGCCUCCAGAACGAGAAAUAGACUUUGGUAUUGACUUAUUACCAGGCACUGAGCCUAUCUCUAUCCCUCCAUAUAGAAUGGCCCCGGCAGAAUUACGUGAGUUAAAGGAGCAACUGAAAGACUUGGUGCCAAAUACUUUUCAAAGAUCGAUUUGA